AAUUUAACUGUAAUUAGGACAUAUUUCUUCUUCAUUACUUGUUAGAUGAUGCUAAAUUAAGCAAGAUAUCUAUGUAUGUAAUUAAUGAUUUUGGUUUGAACUUUGCAAAUAUUUAACCUUGCUUCAAAAUUAAUGACUACAUAAUAAUUAUUUCCAGUGUGGCUGAAUGAUCGAAAUAAUGGCAGCCAACUUAUUCCAACUUCCGGAUGGUGUUUUUAAAGCUAAAUUUAACACGGACUCGGAUCACUGGUCGGUUAUCUUGCCUUAUAUUGAUGGUCAAAAGUACACUAUUGGCGAUACGUGCAUCUCGAGGGAGACGCAGGGCGAAUUCGUCUAUUUGAAGCCGGAAGUGUGGACCAAGAGGUCAGCGAACCCCUGGAAUUGGAGUUUUGGCCUGGAAAUCUUUUGUAAGAAUUGGCAUUACUGGGUCAAAGCUGUCGAGGGGGACGGAAUUUUCCAAAAUGGUGUUAAGCUUGACGACAAAGUCAAAACGAAGCUAAAUUUUGGCGACGUAUUCACCGUCACGAAGUUUCGCAACGACAUUUCUGGUGGACUUGCCAUCUUCACGUUUGAAAAACGGGAAUACCCUGAAAAUUGGGAUAGAAAUAAGAAAAUUUGUACCUCGGAGAAUCCAGCUGAAUUAAAUGUCGCAUUUCAAAACGAUUUGAUUUUUUUCAAAAUUCUAUCCCUUCUCUCCGUCGGAAGCUUGAAGAACGCUCGACUAGUUUGUCGACACUGGAACAACCAAGUUUCUCCCAUUCUGCGAAAGAAAUGCGUCAUAAAUUUGAAUUUGAACAUUUGGGGUUGGCCCUUUUCCGACUUCAACCCCUCCCUGAAACUUUUGCAAUACGUACAAGACAUGCGAAAUGUCACAGAUUGGCCGAACUUGAAGAUUAUCUUUCCAAACCUACCGGGCAAGUGGAAUGGCCCCGCAAAUAUGCAGACUUGCUAGUUUCUGGCUCGGCGAACCGGUGCGCUCACUUACUUAACUUAGGUGUGGUAGUUCGGCGCACCAGAAAUUAGCAAGUCUGCAAAUAUGCGAGCAAAGUUCGUCACCGAUCUGACCUGGUUUCUUCAAAAGGGACACCACCCCAAGACUUUGACCUUAACCGGGUGCGUCUUCUCCGACCAAGAGUACCGGUUAUAUCUCGACACCGCUUGUCAAUUUAAGUCCACCUUGGAAGAAUUACGUCUCGACUUCAGCAUGCAAAUUCACGACGGUGACAAUGAGAAGAACUAUACUGUGCGGCGCGCCGUAUUUUUCCCCGUUCUGAAGACGUUUUCUAUCCGGCUGGCGGAUCGAAAAUGUUCAAAAUCAGGUUCACUGAGAGCCAAGUGGAUGAAAACUUGGGCCGACGCGAUUACCCGGGUGACCUCGAUCUCCACCGUCGGCGAUGGUGUCACUGGGUCAAGAUUUGUAAAAGAGUUGCAAACAAAGGGGCCUUCAAAGUAUCAAAAUUUGAGAGAAAUCUCGCUCACGUGCCAGCCCGAGGAUGCCAUUAAUUUUCUCACCGAGUUAAAUCAGCCCCUGACGAAGGUGAUACUCACCUUACCUCUGGGGAAACAAGAUCUAUCCGAGUUUGAGGAUUUGCUCAGGAAAUUCGCUCCCUCCUUGGAACUUCUUUACUUUCGUGUGGCGACGGAUGGAAUGGAACAAAAGUCACGGUUCGCCUUGAAUUUGCCGUGUUUUCCUAACUUGAGAAGUUUCGAUUUUCACUUUGGAGAGUUUGAAAAUACGACAGAGUAUUUCUCAGAAACUAAAGGUGUGGCUUGUCGUAUCGGAAACGAGGUACGAUUGAGCCUCGCAUUUCCACGUGGUGACGGCAUCGACUAUGGACGCCACCUUCCCUCGAUUCGUUCCUGGCACCAAGGAUUGUGAGGGAUGAGGAGGACGACGAUUAUAAUUACAACUAUGAUUACGAUAGCGAUGACUAUAAUGAUGCGGACCUUUAUGAAAAUUAUGACGAUAUUGAAGAGGAUAAGGACGGUGGCGAUAAUUACUUAGAACAUGACGGUGGCGAUGUUGAAGAGGAUCAUGACGACAAUAGCGAUAAUGACGCAGAUAAUUACGACGGUGGCGAUAGUCACGUGGACCAUGAUUUUUGGGACACGUACAGCGAUCUGAUUGACAGUCUGCUGCCUACGGAAGGAGGACAAGGUUGUAAAACUCUGGAAAAUUUGGUCAUUUUUAAGAAUGAUAUUGACCCUGAAACAUCAUACCGUCAAGCUGCCCGACUACCCGGAAUAUUUCCAAAUGUCCGGAACGAAUGGAUGAACAGAUUGAGGGAGAGGAUUAAUCAAGAUGAUAAUUAAUAUGAAUUUGCGUUCUGUGAAUUACAUAUAUAGUUAGUUAACGGGAUAUUGACCACCGAGUUAUUAAUGGAGAGUGGCACAUUUGAUUAACUUAAUUUAAAUCUUUUGUAUUUGUUCAUAAUCAAAUUUGCAGCAGUAAUUAAUUAUAAUUAAAUUAAUCGUCCCACUUAAUUAAGUAAUUUAGAAAUGCUACUUGGCUGUAUGGUUAUCAAGUAAAUACGUAUGUUUGUAAUUUCUGACAGUAGUUAAACUUACCAUUAAAUUUUGACUUUAUGUAAAUCCAAGUGCCAUCAAAAUUAUUAA